CUACCUGGCCCUGGAGCUGGCUGCAGUGGUGACGCCUCCCCCAGACCUCAGGAGUGAAGCUGGGCCCUGCUGAUCGUUGCCCGGACAGCUGCUGCGGAACUUCUUCCUGACACCCGGUUACAGCCCAGAGCCAGCUGAUCACUGAGCCGAUGCUGGGAAAAGCUAGUUUUCCUGUGGAUUAUCACUGGCCCAGCAGUGUGUCUUCUCCAGCUGCUCUAAUGCGCCAGGCAUUGUGAGAAUCUCAUCACUUACGCACUGGGCACCCAGCUGCAGUGAGCCGUGACCAAGGCCUGGGGAGCCGGUACGGGGACUGCACCCAGCCAGGUCUCCAGCUCCCCUCCUGAGAUGUGUUCUCCCAGCCUCGCCCGCAGCCCACCUACCUUCCAUGGGUAGCGCCAGCCUGGCUGAGUUCCUGAGGAGCACUCUCAAGAAUGGAUAGUCCACCCAAGCUGGCAGGAGAAACACUGAUUGUCCAUCACAUCCCCCUGGUUCAUUGCCAGGUCCCCGACCGACAGUGCUGCAGUGGAAGCAAGAGGACCAAUCCCUUCUGCCAGCCAGACCUGGGCAUCACGCGGGCCGCCUCUCUGCCAGAGAGGGAGCUCUCGCAGACAGACUCCCUGGUAUAUGGCAGCUUGCUGCAGGCCUCGGAUGCGCCGGCAGAGGCUGCAGAAGACAAAGAGAGGAAACCGCGAGACUCGGUCAUCUCCAGCGUCACGACACGGCACAAUCCCUUCCUCCUGGGUGACAGUGAGGGGCAUGGUCUCCUUGGCAACAGCACGGGCCAGAAGUCCUUCCAUCUGCACAGCUCCAUGGUGGCCGGCAAGCCGUCCUUCCAGCUGCACGAGCUGCCGCCCUUCCACCUCCACGAUGCCGGCCCCGUGGUGAAGCCCUGGAGCAUGGCCAGCAGGUCUGGCGUGGUGGAUGGGCAAGAGGACAAACUCACAAGUGCCGAUGUCCAGAAGAGGAACAACGUUGACUGCUGCCCGCUGGCCUUGGAGUGCAUGGAGCUGGACGAGUGCAGCUGCCAGCGCGGGAGCUUCUCCUUCGAGGGUGGUGACCAGGAUUGGAACAAUAGCUCUGACGAGUCAGGGAGGAACCCGGAUGCCCUGCACAGCCGGACCUGCAGCUGUUCCAGCACGGAGCUCCAGCACUGCCGGUGCUAUAGCACGUCAAGUCAGUCUGAGACCGGGGACCAGCAAAUGGGGUAUGUCAGCGACUCUUCUUGCAACAGCUCGGACGGGGUUCUGGUGAACUUCAGCACCCUCUACAACAAAAUGAAUGGCCAUUCUCGCUCCAACUUGAACUCUGCCAACUUGUCCUGUGACUCUUCCUUCUGCAGCCACUCGGACACCGGGGCCUUUUAUCUGGAUCUGCAUUCGUCACCCACGGAAUCCAAGAUGUCUUGUGAAUCGCACAACGCGGAGAGCUCGGGGAAAGUGUGUGGGUGCCACCACCCGUCUUCACCCGUCUUCGAUGCCAACUACAACUCCUACCACCUCCACUGUGAGCCGUGCACUGCAGAGAGCUCAGACCUCACCGCUUGCUUCCAAAGCCAAGCCCGGCUUGUGGUGGCCACCCAGAACUACUAUAAAUUAGUCACAUGUGACUUGUCUUCCCAGUCUUCGCCUAGCCCUGCGGGCUCUUCCAUAACCAGCUGCUCUGAAGAUCACACCAAGGGGAGCCCUGUCCAGCCCUCGGAGUACUAUUUGUUUCGAAAACCCAGUGCUCAGCCGCAGGAGAGCGAUGGGGAAUGCUUCAUGGCGGAGACCCAGGGCGAAGCUGUGAAAAACGUGAUUGAGGGGCAAGUGUAUGUGAACGUAUCCCCGCCUAACCUAAACGCUGGCCGGCCUCGCUCCAGGAGCUACGAUCGGAACCUGGACCGGAGUCCCACGACCCGGCUGGGCUCCCUGGAGCGCAUGAUGAGUUGUCCAGUCAAGCUGAGCGAGAGCCAAGCGCUAGAGAUCCAGAGCUCGCCCCCGAAGCGGGUGACUUCCUUUGCCGAGCUGGCGAAAGGCAGGAAAAAGAAUGGCUCCUCCCCACCGCUCAGAACCAGCGGUGACUCCUCCUUGGAGUUCUCGCCCAUCCCCGAGUGCCAGCGGGACUGCCCAGGGCUUCUCGAGGACAGAGCUCGACGCUGCCAGAGCCUCCCGCCCAUGCCUUUUGGCCAUUGCCUGAACCGGAGCUGCGAGGGCUACCGUGUGGAGCACAGAUUUGGCGAUGGCCCGAGGGUGUGUUCCAGCAAAGACUCAGGUGCCAACGGCCAGGGGGCAGCCGAGCAGGCCUCUCUCUCUCUGCUGAUGGAGGCUGGUGCCAGCUUCUCAGGCAGCCCUGCCAGCGGGCAUGGACAACGAGAUGUUAGAGCCAGAGCAGAUGGCGGUGGCGCGGACAGCAAGGCCGUGGUGCGGUACAGCAAGGAGCAGCGCCCCACCACUCUGCCCAUCCAGCCCUUCGUCUUCCAGCACCACUUCAGCAAGCAGCCCAAGGCCCGGGCCCUGCACAGCCACUUGGCUGCCAGCCUGUCGCAACUCUACAGUGCCUCCAGCAGCCGGCCCGCCAGCCAGCAGCCCUCCUCUGCUUCCCAGUCCUCCGCCUCCGCCACCUCGGCUGAGCAGCCCGGGGCCGCGGGGGGCCUGGCGCAUGGCGCGCUCCUGGCUCAGCGCUCGGCGGACGGAGCCGCCUCCCUCGCCGACGGCUCCGCCAAGAAACCAGCCCCAGAGAGCACCCGGCCGUCCCCUCUGGGGAGCUACUCCCCGGUGCGCAGCACUGCCCCUUUCUUCCAGAGCCUGGACUCCUCCUGCUCGCCCACCCCGGAGAGAGCCGGCGAGAGCCACCCUCCCCGCAGCAGGUCCUGCCCGCUCUCUGCCAACCUGCUUCCCAGCAGGGCCUCCCCAUCUGCAGGCGCCGCGCUGCCCGCCCAGGCUGAAGCCCUGCACCGCCAGGAGAGCCCCCGGCCGGUCCCCAGGAAGGAGGCACCGCUGGAGCAGAGGGCGCAGGUCUCCGAGUACCGACUCCAUGGCGGCUCCCUCCCGCCUCUGGCAUCCGAGGGAGCGAGUGCGAGCCGAGCGGGGGGCCCUGUGGAGCCCCAGUGGAGAGGAAGCAGUGAGGCUGGAAAUUCGGGGUCGCUGAGCAGUGUGGGCACGCGGCCCCUCAAUGCAAACCACCUCUCCCCUCAAGCACUGAAGUGGCGGGAGUACAGGCGGAGGAACCCCCUGGGCCUGGACCGCGGCUCGGGGCUGGCUGGCUUAGCAGGCAGCCUGGACAGGAGGCAGCAGGAGCCCCAGCUCGCCCGGAGGAACCCCAUCUUUGAGUUCCCUGGUUCCCUCAACACCGCCCACGUUCACGGCAGGCUGAAUGGCCAGCCUGUGAAACAGCUCCAGCUGGGCUACCCCGACUUCUUCCCGGAGUACUUGUCGCUGGCGGACAAGCCGCCAGCCGAGUUCUGCCUCUCCCCGGAUGGCAACACGGAGUCCAUCUCCAUCGACCUGCUGCAGAAGAAAGGGCUGGUGAAGGCCAUCAACAUGGCCGUGGACCUGAUCGUGGCCCACUUCGGAACGAGCCGGGACCCAGGAGUGAAGGCCAAGCUCGGGAACAGCUCGGUGAGCCCCAACGUGGGGCAUCUCAUCCUGAAAUACCUGUGCCCGGCCAUCCGGGACAUCCUGAGCGACGGGCUCAAGGCCUACGUCCUGGACGUGAUCAUCGGCCAGCGGAAGAACACGCCCUGGAGCGUGGUGGAGGCGUCCACCCAGCUAGGCCCCUCCACCAGGGCUCUGCAUGGCCUCCACAGCAGGAUCAGCCAGUUCACCGAGCUGACCAGCCACAGCAUGAGGUUCAACGCCUUCAUCUUCGGCCUUCUCAAUGUCAGGUCUCUGGAGUUCUGGUUCAAUCACCUGUAUAACCACGAAGACAUCAUCCUGGUGCACUACCAGCCGGUGGGCUUCCUGUGCCUGUCCCACAGCGUGUGCCAGCCCCUGUUCGAGGAGCUGCUGCUCCUGCUCCAGCCCCUGUCCCUGCUGCCCUUCAGCCUGGACCUGCUCUUCGAGCACCACCUGCUGCAGAUGGGCAAGGAGCAGCAGCAGCAGAAGGAGCUGCUGCGGGUCAAGCAGGACCUGCUGCUCUCCGUUCACUCCACCCUGCAGCUGAUGCGCACCCGGGGCAGCGCCGAGGAGCCGGACGGCUGGAGCACCGCCCCGGAGCAGGGCCCGGGUGGUGCCGGGGAAGAGGGGCUGUCUGCAGGCCGGGGCCAGGAGGGAGCGGCAUGGGAACGGGUCAAGGGGGUGGGCGCAGACGGCGCCAGGGAGGAGGAGCAGAGGAAGGCGAAGGAGAGCGCCUGGGAGGGGAAAAGGGACAAGCAGGCCGGCUGGUGGUACCAGCUCAUGCAGAGCUCCCAGGUUUACAUCGAGGGCUCGGCUGAGGGCUCCAAGUUCAUCCGCCUUGAGAAGAAGAAGCAGAAGGCGCCAGGAGCUGCGCCCCGGCCGGCCGAGGGCAGGAAGGCGCCCCCUCCCCGCGAGGGCGUGGUGGAGGGGGCGGAGGCCUGUCCCCUCGCUGAGGUGGCUGUGGAGGAGAAGCCCAAAGCUGCGGCAGACCCUGGGGAGAAGCCCAGCGAGCGGAGCUGGCCCUCCUGGAUGGGGAGCCCCCCGGACUCGGUGCUAACAGAGCUGAAGCGCAGCAAGGAGAAGGACAAUGGGGCUCCCCAGAGACAGGGGGUGGAGGAGAGCAGCCCGGGGCCCCCCGACAGCAGUCAGCCCAUCAAGUGGGGACACCUGUUCGGGGCUAGGAAAGUGCAGAAGGAGGCCAGGCAGCCCAACAGGUUACCCUCCGGCUGGCUGACCCUGGACAGGUCCGUGUUCCAGCUCAUGGCCCAGACUGUGGGGGCAGGAAUGUGGAGAGAGGCGACCUCAGAGCCCGAGCGGCCACAGGCGGAGCAGCCCAGCGAGCCCCCUGAACAGCCACUGGCUGGGGGGCUGCCCCCCCAAACCCCCUGCGAGGUGAAAGCGCUUUGCCAUCACAUCGCCACCGAGGCUGGGCAGCUGAGCUUUCCCAAGGGGGCUGUCCUGCGCGUGCUGGCCAAGGUGGACAGCGACUGGUUGCGGUGCGGCCUGGGCUCGCAGAGCGGGCUGGUGCCCAUCAUGUACGUCACCCACCCAGCGGACGAGGACUAUUGACGCG